GGCACAGUACAACACAUGCGCAGACGGCCGAAACCCCCUCCCACGGGAGUUGCUUCAACUUUAUUUGGUUUAUGUCGCCUCGGGAAAAAUGACGGUAUACUGGGAAGCCCAUGCAGGAGGACGCGCAAUGAUGACGUACGGGCCAAUAGAAGCUGGAAUUGUUUGCGUCGCUAUGGAGACGGGACGCUUCUCUGGUGGCGGCGGCAACAGCAGGAUUCAACUCUAGCUUUGUUGGUAACAGCUCUAUGAAAGUUGGGUCAACAAUCUAAUUCCUGAAGGAGAUCUAAAUGAAACUAUAAAGUAACUGCACCUUUCCUGAUCAUUAAAUCCUUCCCGGAAACGGCUCUGGAUCUGGUGAUUACUGCUGUUCAGUUACCCGACAGACAAGACACAUGCCAUUAAAAAUUGUGAUCGAGCUUCAGAUUCAUGCGGUCACUUGCCCGGGUGUAUUCUUGCCAGAGAAAGAUGAUAUACUCCUUAAUGUUUCAAUAUUGGGCCAGCACAAGGAAACAGGAUGUCUUCCUUCAGUAUUUCCUUUGUUGUUUCAUGAGAAAAUGAGAUUUGAAAAGGUUUUUCUCAAAGCUGUGGAUCCUGCUGCUCUGGCACAGAGUCUGGAAAAUCACAUAACCCGAUUUGAAUUAAUACAGCUUACUCAUUCAGCAGACAUUCUGGCUGUUUUUGAAGAGAACACUCGGCAGUUCUUGUUUCCCGAACCCAAGCUGACUCCAGCAUACCCUGGAGUAGAUCGGGAGGUGCUAAUGAAAACAGUUAAUGGAUUUCCUGGAAUUGCUCCAAAGAUUGAAUUUUCUACAAGGACCACCAUUAAAGAAAAGCCACAUGAUUUUCAGAAGAAAUGUCCUGCAGUCAAGUCAUAUAUCAGUAGACCUUUAACAGUCUCAUCCAGAAAAUCAAGAUCUACUUCAUCAAACCCAGUAAGAGGCAAAAGCCCAGCUAAGAACUACAGCAGUCCAACUAAAUCAUCAAAAUCUCGAUCUCCAUCUCCUUUUAGCCGAAGAUGUGUUAAUGAACUAAACAAGAACGUACAGCAACAGCUUGCAAAUUUAAGCCUGAACAGCUCAGAUAAUGACACAAGGCCUCCUUUCAUUGUUAGACAUGUUGAUAGUUCCAAGUCUUUUGGAGAUAGUGUGCUACAACAUUCAAAGGCCAGACACCAGUCAAAGUUAAGCAGUAAAACUCAUCAAUCCCGGCUAAAGAGAGCUUUAUCAUAUGACAGUUUUCAUGCUUCAAGAUUACUAGAAAAGGACUAUCUGGAUUCAGGAGAAGCAAAGGGGGAAAGGGGGUCUUCUGCAAAAAUAGACACAUUUGAAAGCCCACUAAGAUCUAGUACAUAUUCUUUGGAGCACAAGAAAAAUAGUCCAGUUCUUGCACGCCCUCUUCUGCGUGAAAGAUUUCAAAGUGAGCAAAACACAUGGGAGUCAAUACACAACCGGGUGGUUAAUCUUCUAACCACUCACAGUGCCAAGCAGCAGCUGUCAUUUGGAACGCCAAAGAAAGAAGUAGACCGUAUCCUUGAAAGAUCUCUUUCCAAGUCUCAAAUUAGAAGCUUGUUAGACCAUAGUUUUUGAAAAGGAAGAGCAAAUGACCCUCCAGAAGUUUAUCCAAGAAUGUCAGUAUGUGUGUGCAGUUUUCGGGGCUUACAAUAAUCUGUGGUAAAUAUUAAUGAUGUGGUUGCAAGUGAAACAUAUUUAUUGCACUGUGUGACAGAUGUAUAUUUUUUGUUUUAUACAUCAUAAUAUUUUUUUCAUAAGAAUAAAGUAUGUGAAAUAAAA